GCAUCUCAGCUCCCUCCUUCUUUCCUAAGACAGGCAGACCUCCUGAGCAGCUUCAACGAUGAGCUCCUUCUCCAGAACCAGCUUCAGGUCCGGCGGCUUCUCCUCCGGCUCCUCCUUUGGCGGCAGAAGCCUGGGCGGAGGCGGCGUGCAGAGGUCCUACGCCUCAAGUGUGUAUGGCGGCGCUGGAGGAAGCGGGUCAAGGAUCUCCGUCUCCACCGGUGGUGGUUAUGGAGCCGGUGGCGGAGCCGGGGGCUACGGCUUUGGAAUGGGAGGGGGUUCAGGCUACGGUGGUGGCUUUGGCGGAGACGGUGGAGCCGACCUCCACGUCGGGGCGAACGAGAAGGCCACCAUGCAGAACCUGAACGACCGGCUGGCCACCUACCUGGACAAGGUGCGCAGCCUGGAGAAGGCCAAUGCGGAGCUGGAGCUGAAGAUCAAGCAGUUUCUGGAGAGCAAGACUGCCCCCACCUCCCGCAGCUACUCUGCUUUUGAGGUCACCAUUUCUGACCUGCAGGAUAAGAUCAGGGCUGCUGUUGGUAUCAAUGGAGGCAUCUUUCUGGCGCAGGAGAACGCAAAGCUGGCAGCAGAUGACUUCAGAACCAAAUACGAGAACGAGCUCGGCAUGCGCACGUCAGUGGAAGCAGACAUCGCCGACCUGAAGAGGUUGCUGGAUCAGCUGACGCUGGCCAGGUCAGACCUGGAGAUGCAGAUCGAAGGCCUCAGGGAGGAGCUGAUCUUCCUGAAGAAGAACCACGAGGAGGAAAUGGUUUCAAUGAGGUCCCAGAUGACUGGCCAGAUCAACGUGGAGGUUGAUGCCAAACCACAGGUGGACCUGAACGGCAUCAUGGCCGAGAUCCGCGAGCAGUAUGAGUCCGUUGCCGUGAAGAACCAGAGAGAGCUUCAGUCAUGGUUUGAUUCAAAGGCAGAAACUAUCACCAAAGAAGUCACACAGAGCACAGAAAUGCUCCAAUCAACCAAAACAGAAGUCUCUGAGCUCCGCCGCUCACUGCAAGGCCUGGAGAUCGAGCUACAGUCGCAACUCAGCAUGAAAUCGGCUCUGGAAGGCACUCUGGGCGAAACAGAGUCCCGGUACUCCAUGAAGCUCCAGGGGCUCCAGAUGACCGUCACGAAUUACGAGGAGCAGCUGGUGCAGCUGCGGGCCGACAUGGAGCGACAGGGCCAGGAGUACAAGAUGCUGCUCGACAUCAAGACCAGGCUGGAGAUGGAGAUUGCAGAAUACAGGAGGCUGCUGGAUGGGGAGGGCAGUGUCGGCAGCACAGUCGAGUCCACCACAACCAGAAAGGUCAUAGUUGUCACCGAGGAGAUCCACGACGGCAAGGUGGUGUCCUCCACCACCUCCUCAUAACCUGUCUACCAGAAAACGGGAAGCAACAGCUUGAGGUCCAAAGACACCACCUGAAAAGCUACUUCUGUCAAACCUGAAUGGGAAAGAAAUAAAAGCCUCUGAGUUG